CAGCUGUCCCUUGAUGCGAUACCCACAGGGAAUUGGUUCCAGAGCCCCUGUGUAUACCGUAAUUUGUGGAUAUUCAGGUGCCAAAUAUGGAUUUGCCAGAUAAAAGCCAGUGGGAUGAGACCACCUGUGACCUGGCUAUCUGUCAGCAUCCGCAAUGCUGGGCAACUAUCCGCCGGAUUGAGAGGGGCCACCCUCGACUUCUGGACUCUUCCUCCAAAUCUUUACUGGAUACUGAAGACAAGCUCCCAGUGCUUACCAUUGUAAACAUCGCAGAUUCCUGCUUGCCGGCCAAGAGAGUUAUUCGUCGGCGUCACUUACCAGGAUUUACCUUCACAAAGGCUAACACUUUAUUGAAUUCAAAGUUUGACUCCAAGUUUCAAGGCAGGCCUUGGAAGGAUUUACGUGACAGAGACUUAAUGAACCGUACUGAUAGAUCUCCCAAACUAUCAGUGCUGAAUUUGAAUGAGACAAAACUUCCUUGUCCUCAAGAUGUAGGAAAUAUGGAUAUCAUCUGGAUCCCAGAGAAGCAUGUGAGCCCAGCUGAGGAGAAGCAUAUUAUUUGCAGCCAGGAUGGGAAUAUGAACAGAAAGAAAUCUCCAGGGAAACACAAGUUGGAACUUCCAGGGAUAAUUGUACCGCUUCCCACCCCAGGACACUUGUAUGAGCAACUAAGUUCAGAAUCUUUACCUUUAUGGAACCAGUUUGACAUGUUGCCUCAGGAUCUACUGAAGGACCUCUUGCUGGAUAAAGGGAAGACCAUACUUUAUCCAGAGAUGCAGACACAGUUGGCCAUGAUGAAAAAGAAACCUCCCCUGGAAAAGAGCCGGCCCGACAGUGCCAUUUCUGCUAAGAUGUAUUUAUCUGUACACCGCCUCACCCUACAAAAACCAGCAUUGAGAUAUCCUGAACAUUUGAAGAAACGCUAUUCUAACCUGAAAACAGAUGGUCAUAGGAAGCAGCAGCGGCAGCAACAGAGGAGGGCGAAGACAGCCACAAGGAAACAGGAGGCUAGAAAGAGAUGCAGGAAUGAUCCAGGGAGCCACAGCACCUCGCACAGACAUUCGGGUGCCGUGGUUGGUGACCCACGCCGUGGUCGCAAAACUCUACGAGGUCAGGAAAGUGACAAAAAGCAGCAGCAGCAGCAGCCAAUGAAGACAGAAGGCUCCACCCUGAAACAGGAUUCCACAGAGAGAUCACAGACAAACGUCGCUAAGAAACCCCUGGACUCCUCCCGCAGUAAGAAGAGUCCCGAAUUACCCCAAAUAGAAUACAAUAAGAAGGACAUCAGGACUCAGAUGGAGAUUUUGCUGGAAGACCAAGUGAAGACCCCAGAGAGUGCUUCUGGCAUCAGCUGGAACCCUGAGCUCAAACUGCUGAGGAUUCUUCAGGCCACAGAUGAAGAGGACGAGGAGAUCCAUCCCUCCGGGGCGCAGAGUGAAGUGUCCGAGGUGUAGGCGGAAGGAUGCUCGGGCUCCCAGGCACAGCGACCUUGGAUGUGAGGGCAGGAAGGAGAGGGGACUUGGACUCCCUGGAGCCUUUACCAGGGUCUGACUUUAGGGAUUCUGUUUUCUUCAUUCGCUUCUACUUGCUUCUGAAAUAAGUGAGAGAAAAAGCCCUUUCUAGCUUGGAUUGUUUCUCUCCCUUUAGGGUCCAGGUAAUAUUAGUGAUUAAAAACAGAGCCAC